ACAUGAGCUUUCAAGUACGACGAUUGAUGGUGCUUCCAUUUCAUUCUUGGAAACAAAUUAGAUUUUAGUAGAGAGCCCUAAUUAGAAUAUGAUUAGCGAGAGUGCAGUGUUCCUGAGUGGAACGUAAAGGAUAUUUCAGUACUUGAAAUUUUGUAGCAGCUUCAACUUGAUAUGAUUUACUCCUUGGCAAUGUUAUCUCUAACAUAAGAGUCAUGGGCUGUUCGAAAUAUACAGUACACUGCGGUAAGUUGAGUUUUUUAUCAGCGCCUUUUGCACUGAUAAAUGUUAGUUUGAAAAUAUCUCAGAUGUUCAUCAAAUCAACUUUUAGUUCGGAUAGUGACCAUGGGCAAUUCAGACAUGCUGUUGGUGUAAUCCAAUUGGUUGUUAACAAAGCUUGAAGGAUGGAGGGUAAACAAUGGAGCAAGGUUAAAGUCUUAGUGCUCUCGAGUCUGAAAGCAUUUUCGAUGGCAGAAUGCAACACACUGUCUCCACAAAUGAUCUUGGCUCUUAGAAGACUUCAGGGCGACUUUUCCGAUGUAAAGGAUUCUGUGGAUGGUGCAAACAUUCACUCUGAACAUGACCUUAUGGGAAUGUUUAGGGAAAACAAAAACUUUUAUAAGAUGUACCUUUUACUCUGUGUGGAGAAAAACAUCGGACAAUUGAAGAGCUACACAAAUCGCGCGACAGAACUCAAGAAAUCUUGGCUUGAAAAUAAAACCUUUAACGCCGAUGGUUUUUUUGAGAAUCUAUUUGAUAGCUUAAUAUCGAAAGCUGUGGAAAUGAACAACUCCAAGGCUUUGAGCGAGGUGCUCUCGGCAGCUCAAGAUUCAAGCUCUCUAAGUAUCAAGAAACCGCUCAAUCAUCAAGCCUUGAUCAAUGUGUGUGAAAGUGAAAACCGAAAGUUGGCCGAAGUGUUCCUGUUCAAGGGUUAUCGCCUGCAAUCCACCCAUUUUAAGAAGGAAAUCGACAAGGACAGUAAGAAAGAAAUUAAGGCGGGAAGGAAGGAGGAAAGUGAGACCGAAAGUGAGCAGGAAAGCGAGAAGAAUUUUUGCCUCUUCAUGCCUUUCUUCCCCCCAAAACCAAAGAAGGGCAAUAAAAAAAAGGACGAGAUUCAGAAUUAUCGCAUUUUGAGAGCCAUGGCCCAGCCGUGCUACAUAUUGAGUCAAUUUGUUGUUAUUUAUGAAAGACUCAAAACAGUCCAACAGAAUCCUGAUGAACAAGAUUCUCCCAAAAAAAAGGGCGACACUUUAAGAAGAAACGAUAGCCAUUGUUCUCCUUUGGACGACAUGUUCAGGCCAAUAUUUCCAUGUUCAAAGCAUGUCGAGUGCAAUGAUCCAGUGUUUCGAUGUUUUGAGAUGGUGAAGAUCGCCAAUAAGUGCGCUCGAAAUGUUCCAGAGUAUCGUGAAGAAUAUGAAGAGAUCGGCGCUCGGUGUAGCAACCUGACUGUGGAACUUUUGCAGAACUGUAAAGAUACCAACGAAGUGGAAACCUUUCUGAGCGACAAAAUUGGAGCUCUAAGGUUUUUCAGACUGGAGAUUGCCAAUAAGAUCAAGUACCCUCGGCUUCAAAUCGCGAUCCAGAAUAAUCACCGAGCCUUCGUGGGACACAUGUUCUGCCAGCAAGUCCUUCGAACACAUUGGCAUGGGAACGUUCCAUGGCUCGGGAAGGGAUUUUGGUUCAAACUCGUGUACUGUUUCAUACAAGUUUUAUUCACCGUUCCUUUUGUCAUUUCAUACCUGAUCCGCGAGAUAAUCAGAGGCCCGAGGAACGGCAACGAAAGCCGGAACACCGAAGAGCGAUCCAAGAGACCCUACAAUUGCAAUCUCGAUGAGCCCUUGAACAGAUUUAUCUCCUUCACAGGAAUGUAUCUUGCUUUCGUUGCUUUGGUCAUCCUGAGCGUCAUGUGCUCCGUCACCGACAGAGAUCAACUUCUCAAUAACUUCCAUUGGUAUCACUCUUGUCUUUUCAUCUUCACCAUUGCCAUGAUAGUCAACGAUGCCUACAUCUUGACAUCGGUCCGCUCAGUCGUGAAAGCCUUCAACUUCUGGAGAACUUACGACCUGGUCAUGCAUUCGUUUCUUCUCAUGGCAUUUAUUGCCCGGAUUCUCAUGGGCAAAAUACACCCGUGCAUUGAUGGUGAAUGCUCCGAGGAUGUGAUGAGGAAACGAGUUCCAUUCGACAUGUUCUCCAAUUGCGCUUUGUCCGUUGCUGCUGUGAUGAGUGGCAUGCGGUUGUUCUACUGGUGCCAACUUCAUGAUCGAAUAGGGCCAAUUGUUAUCAACUUGAGCAAGGUCAUCAUGGAUCUCGCCACGUUCACCGUUAUCUUCCUCAUCAUGAUCAUGUCCUUCGGGAUUGGCAUUGUUAGCCUGAAAGUAAAAAACCUGGCCAUUUAUCCCGGUCGGAACUCCACCACAGAUAAUGAGCCUCCGCAAUACGAUCUGUACGACUUCUCGGUCUGGGAUUACAUUGUGGCGUUCUUGGAAACGUGCCUGUCAUUGUUCUGGUCCAGCUUGAAUCCGGAGGAGCCCACUGAGUUCUACAUGGAUCGAAUGGAUGGGAUAUUUCUCCAUAUCAUAUAUGGCGCCUAUUGUGUGGCAUGCGUCAUUGUUUUACUGAACCUCCUCAUAGCCAUCAUGAAUGCAACCAUCCAGAAGGUAUCGGAUAGCGAGCAUCUCUAUUGGAAGUUUGUUCGCACCAGCAUUUGGAUCGAGUUCGUUGGAGAGGAAAACGGCUUACCUAUGCCCUUCACUGGCCUUUUAGCUACUCUCAAUUUGGCGAAACAUUUGAUUGGUCGUUGCAAGCAAAGGUGGAGGGAUGAUUCGGAUGUUUCCGGGAAGACACAAUCUCCUGAUGAUGUCAAUUCCAUUCAAGAACGGAAAGAAGUGCGCGAGGAACAAAACAAACUUCUUUAUGAUUUGAUCCAACGCUAUUGGAGAAACCAGAAUAAAAAGGAUAGCCGAUGGAAGGAAAAUGAGUCCAAAAUUUCCAUGUCCAUGGAGGAAAAUUGAAAGCAACCUUCAUCAUGUCUAUUCAAAUCUGCACGAGAUUCUAACAAAUGUAUAUUCAAGUAAAACACUUCUCAAAUGCCUA